UUGGACGAAUCGUUCGUGAGUUCUGUUUCAAUGGGAGAAGACUUGGAAAGCAACAGUGCUUGGUUCCAAGCUGAAAAUGAGAAUAAGACGUCAGAAAGGCAAGUGAUGAGUUCGUCGUCGCAAAGUAAUAAUUGGGGAUCAAAGGAUUCGUUUCAGAGACCUUCAUACCAACAACCCCAGAUGGAAAAACUCACCCAAGCCCCCCCACGCACCCAAGAUAACGAAUACGAGUCAUUCCAGCGGGAUUUGGAGAGUGGCAGUAUACCUGACUCACUGAAGGAAAGUUCAGAUCUGCUAAAACAAUAUUCUCGAGUGUGCUUCGCUAGAGAAGACCUAAUACCGAGCGGAGUGGCCCCAGGAGACGAUAUCUCCCCCCACAUUGGUAAACUCCUCAACCAAAAACAACCAAGUGGAGGCUUGGCGUGCGUCAAAGAAGGAAGCAACUUCCUCUACUGCUUAAUCGCCAGUCCUCCAAACAAACCCGUGACGUCACGGGCAGUAUUUUCCGCCAUUCGGAAACUGCACGACCACGCUAGCAAAAACUACGUGAAAAAACUAUCCAUACCGGUUCUAGAACCCACCAGUGAUGACGAAAUAUCGUGGUCUGAAGUCAAAAGCAUGUUCCAGUACCUUCUGGGUAAACGACAGAUUGAAAUGACCGCUACAACUUUCAAACCAGUUAACGAUGUCUCCCUUUUGACACACAACAAGUGUAAAUUAAACCAUUCAAGAUCCGCCAUCCACCAAAUCAAGAAGAAAACCAUCAUUCUUUACCUACCGUCCACCGAUGGUGAGUUCACUGAAGAAAUGACCAACUUGACGCUGAAAUUCAUCGACUUCGCAGAAAGUUUCCGCAGAAGUCGGAAAAGCUCUGGGUGCUUGAUAAAACACAAAGAGAAUGAAGAUUACGUGUUGUAUGGUUAUGUGGCUCGGCGCGGCAACGGUGUGAAUUUAGAAAAGCUGCGAAAAUGCUUUUGUGAGGUCAACGAAAAAAAUAAAGUGGAGCAGUUGCCCCAUUUGGCAAUUCAAGCGGGGAAGGAUCAAGAUGUUAAUUUUAAAAUAAUGUCGGUCUUGUAUUGUUUGCGAAAUAUUAGCAUUACCAUGUGCUGGCCUGGAGAUCUGCACGCUCUCAUGCCUUCAAAAUAA